UGAAUAUCUGAUAUCCAGCACACUUCCAAUCAGGUAGUAUUUCAUUGAGCAAUGGAUAAUACAUCUUUGACAGCCAAAAUUAUCCAGGCUCCCUUAUCUGAUCCUCACUAUCUCCACCCCCUUUAACACCAAAGUCUGGACAUCCAGCAUUCAGCGUCUGAUUUCCCAAGAUCAACAUCCAGCAUGAACAUCUCUUCCCCUUCCACUCCUGAUAGCAUAAACAUCUGGCACACUUGGGCCCUGACUGUCACUUAUGAAGCAGGGGAAUAUACCGAACAGAAAUUCAAGGCAGAGAAGACUGGAGGAGACCCAGUCAUACCUUCUCCCAACCUAGACACUGAUCUGGUAAUGACGUGUGAUCGCUUGGUUGAUGUACUCAUAAAGGCAUAUAGAAAUCCCAGUGGGUCUUCCUGCAGAUUCGAAAAUUCAUUUUAUCAUUCAAAUUCCUGCAUGACACAAUUGAUCUCCCCGAAGGACACCGGGCAUAAUGAACAGAGAGAGGCUAGGUUGCUUGAGAGGCAAAAGGUUGGUGACGAACCUGCCACAAUUCUCGAUGCAUCCAACGCCCUGACCGACACCACCCAGAAGGAAAUCAGGGAGGCCACCGAUUUGCUCGCUCCAAGCCUCGAAAAAAGUGUAAGGGCUGAUGGCAAUUGGCAAACUAAUCAAAAGUGGUUCAACCGGGGCUCGGAAGAUGUUGGGGCAACUCCCGGAUGCAUCAAUUUAUCUCCAGCAUGGUUUCAACAGGGACAUGAGGUAUCUGCAUCAUUGAAGGGACCUUCCUGCGAGAAUAUCCUCAAAGCCAUUGCAAGGCCAGCAGCCAUCGCGUCGCGGCACUCAGAGUCAUGCAUCCUGAGCAACCAUUUGUCCAUUGCUGAAUGCUUCGACAUUCUCACCACCGUGGGGAACUAUUCUAAUGCUCGGAUGACAAUGCCAAGCCUUCAGCUGGAGUUCAAGUACAAUUCCGGCUGUAUGAUUGCGUUUUCCGGAAGGAUUGUGAGACAUGGAGUUUAUGAUGUGGAAGGGGAUCAGAUUGCUUGGGCAUGGUAUAUGAGGGAUUCUGUUCACAUUUACGCUGGUGUUCCAUCAUGUGGAUGGGCUAGUGUGGAUGGUCCAUACAGUGUGUGAAAGAUCACAAAGAGCAUGCAUUGUGACCUAUAUACAUUCCAACAAAUGAAUACCAUGUACCAAUAGUUAUCUGGACCUCAAUACUCAAUUUUGAGCAUUUGCGAAGUGAUAU